GUGAUGACAGUCAUCAAGCUGUUACGAAACGGUCAUCUAUCGUUCGAGCAGUGCCUCCGCGACGCGACAUUGCUUCAAACACGGAAUGACGGUGACGUCUCCUCGAUACAUCCUUUGCCUGACGGAGUAGCUCGAUCACUGGCGUAUAAAAUGGAUCAGGCAAUCCUCCACUCUGACUCAACCCAAUACCGAACGAUGUCCUGCUGAUAAUUUCAUAUUCCCCAGACCCGACAAUUCCCCGUCCAUCAACAAGACUUUAGCAACAUUCCUUUACUCACGUUCCAACAUCGAACUCAUACAAUAACUCAAGAUGCAAACCAGAAUCCUCGCUUGUCUCCUCCUCUCCUUGGUCGCCCCAGCUGUUCAAGCCGCAGCGGUAGGGAGAAACCUGGAGGGCAACGUGCUGGCUCGCUCCAGUAACUUUGGGCCAUCAUUGGCUUCCCGCGGAAUGGAAGAGGAGAUGCAAGACUGGUGCGAGAAGGAUCAAGAUGGUGUCGUCCUCUGGGCCCCGAACCCGAAGAAGGACGCCGAUUACAAACAAAUCAACGGACCGAGGACUGAUAUGGUGGUAGGACCUUACGAUGUUAGGCAAUCGUCGGUUCUUGGCGAUGCGUCGGGCUUGGAGGACGUCCCGCUUGUUCAAGCUAGAAUGGCCGUGAUGGCGGCCUGGGCCAAGACCUCACCCCAGAAAGUCUACGAGGCUUUCAGAUAUGGAGACGAUCAGAAGAUGGACUACAUCAACUGGUGUCUUCCCAGCAAGGGGAAGCUCGACGUUCUUUCGCAAGGCCCCGAAGUUUCGAACAGCCUUACCAAGAACGGCGACGACCUGAAGAACCUCGUGCAUUCCGUCCGAGACCAGGCAAAAGGAAGACUCGUCCCAGCCUGGCCCAACUUUAUCAACAAGGCGUAUCUAAAGGACGAUAUUGCCAAUAUCCCCAAGGGCGACAACUGCUCUCAGUUGGUGGCUGAUCAAGUGAAAAAAUGCUUGAGCGAGCCGUGGACGAAGGGCGAGAAGCACGCAGUCGACUUUUUAUCUGCUGUUACUGGACAAGAGUGUCAAAUCACCGGGGAUUAUGAGGGCGACAGUGCCGCUGCCGAACAGAUUGUGUUUGAUGCGCAGAAAGGCGAGGCCAGGCCUAUCAUUGUCAUACUUCCAGACGAGACGAACAAUGAAAACGGUUACCUCAAGGGCUUCUGGGCUGUACAAAAGACUGGGGAACAUACCAAUGGAACCAAGUUUAUGGACAUCUGGGAUCACGUCAGCUUGAACCGUCGAACCGUGAACCUGCCUGCUAAGAUGAAGGUGGUUCAUCUGAAGGGAUGAGUGAGGCGGUCGGCAGAAGAGGCGACGAUACUUCCUAUUUAGCAUUACGAUCUUCUUGCCAAAUGUAAUAAGAUUGAUU